GGUUUGUUUCCUUCCGAAAUGGUUUUUAAUCAUAGAUCUCUUCCCCAUCUUCUCCUUUCUUGUCAUAGUUGUUUGAUUUGAUGAAUCUUAUCGUGGACUAGAUCAAAAUUAAGUUCAUGAUUCUCGAAUAUAUGAGAUAAUAAACGUAAAUAACUAAAUGAUGGAUAUAAUUUUUAGAUGGCCGCAUGUUCAUCACUGCAAGCUAGGAUUGGUAGAUGUUUAUAUGAUAAGAGACUGUUUUCCCUUACCUUCAGAGUUUAUGUGAGGGAAAGACAUGAGCUUUAUAGAGUAGGAUUUUCUAAACAGAUUCCUCUAAUCAGUCUUCUGCAAUCUUAUGAAAUGGAACAUUCUUGCAGAUACAGUCUUGAAGAUGGAUUCGGUUCGGAGGUCCAAUGCAGCUAAAUAUGAGUGCUUGCUCUUUGAUAUGGAUGAUACUCUGUACCCCAUGAGCUCAGGUAUCAACUUGGCUUGCCGCAAGAACAUAGAAGAGUUCAUGCUGCAGCAUUUGCACAUGGAAGAAACUGAAGUACCAAGGUUGUGCUUGGAGUUGUACAAGGAAUACGGGACAACAAUGGCGGGUCUAAAGCAGGCUCUUGGUUACGAGUUUGACAACGAUGAGUUUCAUGCUUAUGUCCAUGGAAGACUACCCUACGAUGUCCUCAAGCCCGAUCCAACUUUAAGGAACCUUCUACUUUCUAUGCCACAGCGCAAAGUAAUAUUCACUAAUGCGGACAAAGCGCAUGCAGAUCAAGUUCUGAGCAGGUUGGGUUUGGAAGAUUGUUUUGAAGGCAUCAUAUGCUUUGAAACUCUUAACCCUCCCCUUGAACCAGUUUCUCAUUGCAUGGACGUGCCAGAUGGUGAUGAUGAUGAUGAUGCUGAACUCACAGCAGGCGCCGAGGCCAAUGUUCCUGAUUGUGCAAAGCUCAGCUCUUGUUCACGUGUUCUCUGCAAACCCUCUGUGGAAGCCAUUGAAGCUGCUAUUCAAAUUGCAAAUUUUGACCCCAAUAGAACUAUUUUCUUCGAUGACAGUGCUCGAAACAUUUUGAGUGGGAAAGCAGCCGGACUUCAUACUGUUAUCGUGGGGAGCUCGACACUGGUCCCUGGUGCAGAUCAUGCCUUGACUAGCAUCCACAAUAUCAAAGAAGCACUACUACCUGAGAUACGGGAAGGUGAAGAAGAACAGAUUGAGCAAGUUAUUCAGCCCAGUGCUGUUCCAACCGUUGUCCUGGCAUAGUUUUCACCUCAGCCACACAUUUAUGUAUACCUUCUCAUAAAAAAUUGUAGAAUAAAGUACUGUAUCCGGAAUGCCUAUGUUAAGCUUAUUAAAUUAUCAUUAAAGGAUAAAGAUUACAA